AGCAGAAAACAGGAACCCGUGUCUCGCGCUUCAUCAGCAGAAUGUCAAAUAUUAGGAAGUGGUUUUUAGCGACAGUAACACAGCGACACAUUUAAAGAGAAGAGCCUGGAAAUCACAGCUGAACCCCGGAAUAGUAAAGACGGAGAGGACUUCACAUUUAAUCACAGCAUGCAUCUGAAGAUAUGGCUUCCACUUUCACAGAGCACACCUUUGGUAUGUCUCCAUGAAUGCCAGCGGGGAAAGACAAGGCAAACCAAAGACAGAGAAACCAAGCGGCACUCCCAGUCGAUGAGUCGCAUUUAAAGUAGAGGAGGAAACUUAAUCACUUUGUGUUCUCCUUCAUCACCUCCAAUCCUUGGUACGAUGGACCGGCCUCUGCUGGACCGAGUGUCAGCACGGGGCUGCUGCUCCUACAGCACCCUAAAGGCCUGGUUGCCGAUCCUCUCCUGGCUGCCCAGGUACAAGCUGAAGUGGCUUCAGAUGGACCUGCUGGCAGGCCUCACCGUCGGGCUGACGACUGUACCGCAGGCUCUGGCUUAUGCUGAAGUUGCCGGUCUUCCUGUGCAGUAUGGACUCUACUCAGCCUUCAUGGGGGGGUUCAUCUACACCCUCCUGGGGACCUCUAAGGACGUGACACUGGGUCCCACGGCCAUCAUGUCCCUCCUGUGUUUCUCCGUGGUCGGGGGGCAGCCACACCGAGCCGUGUUGCUCAGCCUCCUCUGUGGACUCAUCCAAGCUGUAAUGGCAUUACUGAGAUUAGGUUUUCUGCUGGACUUCAUCUCUUACCCUGUUAUAAAAGGCUUCACUUGUGCUGCUGCAGUAACCAUUGGCUUCGGGCAGGUCAAGAAUAUUCUGGGACUCAAGGACGUUCCCCACGAGUUCUUCCUGGAGGUUUACUACACCUUCUACAAGAUCCCAGAAGCCAGAAUAGGUGAUGUGGUACUGGGUCUGCUUUGUCUCGCUCUGCUGGUCAUGUUGUUGUUUAUGAAGACCAGUCUGGGCUCUGACGACGCCCCCACCUGCUCCAGAGUCGCCAGGAAACUAGUGUGGACUGUUGCUAUCAUGCGUAAUGCUCUGGUGGUCGUGGCUGCAUCCUUGGUAGCGUUUUCCUGGAAUGCUUACGGUCAUCCCGUGUUUACAGUCACUGGGGAAACUACCCAGGGGCUCCCGCCAUUUAGGCCCCCACCCACCUCGGACACCACAGCCAAUGGCACCGUCGUCUCCUUUGGAGAGAUUGUAGAGGGCUUUGGAGGAGGGCUUGCUGUGAUUCCCCUCAUGGGUCUGUUGGAGAGCAUUGCUAUUGCUAAAGCUUUUGCCAGUCAGAACGACUACAGAAUUGAUGCCAAUCAGGAACUGCUGGCAAUUGGUGUGACCAACAUCAUGGGUUCCUUUGUGUCGGCCUACCCUGUCACUGGCAGCUUUGGGAGGACAGCUGUGAACUCUCAGACUGGUGUGUGCACUCCAGCUGGAGGGAUUGUCACCAGUGUGAUAGUGUUGCUCUCCCUGGCGUUCCUCAUGCCGGCCUUCUUCUAUAUCCCCAAAGCUUCUCUAGCUGCUGUUAUCAUCUGUGCGGUAGCUCCCAUGUUUGAUUUCCGCAUCGUGGCUAAAAUGUGGAGGAUACGCAAGUUGGACCUGCUGCCUUUUGUUGUGACGUUCCUGAUGUGUUUCUGGCAGGUGCAGUACGGCAUCAUAGCAGGUGUAGCUGUAUCUGGAGCCCUGCUGCUGUACAAUGCAGCAAGACCACAGAUAAAGGUGUCUGAUCAAGGUGCGCUGGUGAUGGAGCUGGGCAGUGGACUCAGCUUUCCGGCCACGGAGUAUCUCAGCCACAUCAUACACACUCAGGCUCUGCAGGCGUCUCCUCCGCGGUCAGUGGUCCUUGAUUGCCAUCAUGUCAGCAUCAUAGAUUUCACAGUCAUCAGCGAGUUUCGGGACCUGCUGAGGCAGUUCAAACUACGAGAAGUGCUACUGGUCUUUGCCAGAUUAAAGCCCUCUGUUCUGGAGGUUCUCCUAACAGCUGACCUGCAGGGCUUCAGGUAUACACACAGUGUGGAGGCGGCGCUGCAGAUGGAGGCAGAGAGCCUCCUUGAUGACUAACACUAACACCGUCCAAUCACAGACUGGAGAGGAGAUGUUUGAUGCUCGCUGCUGUCACUGAUCAGCCAUACAUCUGAUCUGGGAUUAUUGGGCUGUUAUGAAGUUAAAAAGUGAUGAACUACCUCCAACAGCUGAUUCACUGGCUGUCAGGUGUACAGCGAAGCCUGACUUCAGAAGUCAUUGUGGGCACUAUUACAAUUGCACAACAACAUUGGACAAAAGACUGUGUUUCGUAGCUUUUUAUAUACUUUAAGGGACAUUGUGCUUUUUAUAUGAAUGAGGAGAUAAUGAAAAAAAAACAUAUUACUUAGAUAGGUAUAUUUUUAGAAACAGAGAACUUCCCCUGUUAUAUUUUAGAUCUUAAAGUGAUAGAUGGGCUUCAAGAGACCAAGUCUGAAUUUACACAAUAUGAAUAGGUACAACGGGUGUGUGAUUACUGAACAGAACAGAAAAGCUGACACAUAUCAAUUGUUUUAUUUAUCUAUAUAAAAGGAAAGGUGAAGUUAUAGUUUCUUUUACUUUUAUUACUUUUAUGUCUGUAAAGAAAUAGUUUUAAUGGAGUUAUCACAUUAACAGUGAUUGAAUUACAGUACUGACCCAAAACACCACAUCUGUAUGAGGAGUUUUUACUAAAAUAAAAAGUUUACAUUUUCA